CCUUAUCCUCCUCCCCAACGGGUUCCGUACGGCAAGAUGGCGGCGCCCGGAGCGGCGGCGGCGGGGCUGGUGCAGUACGUGGUGCUGCGGGGGGACCUGGUCCGGCCGCCGCGGUCCUGGCCCUUGGGCGCGGUGGUGGCUCAGGGCUGCCACGCCGUCGUGGCCGCCGUCCAUGCCCACGGCCGGCACCCCGACACCCGCGCGUACCUGGAGGCGGGCGGCGCCAUGCGAACCGUCGUGCUGGAGGCUCCGGACGAAGCUGCCCUGACGGCGCUGGCAGAGACCCUGAAGCAGCACAGCGUCGACCACGAGGUGUGGACUGAGCAGCCCGAGAACGUGGCCACCUGCCUGGCGCUCAGGCCCUACCCGAAGGACCAGGUUCACCAGUAUCUCAAGAAAUUUAAAUUGCUGAAGUGACUGCGACCGGGCAUGGGCAGCUCUCCUCCUGGGCCAGAGGUGAGCUCAACCCCGGGCAGGCACCAGGAGGAAAGCUGCUGCGUCUCAGGAACGUUGUGCUAACGCUCAGCAGCAGGUAGUCUUCUAUAGCAGUUACACGGUGUGAAACGGUUCUUUGGUGGCCAGGAUUAAAUGUUAUUCUGUGCAGAAA